AUGACCUGUUCAGCACAAGCGCGUUCUGCUGCUGCAUCUGGGCUGUCCUAUCACACGUCUACGUAUUGGGAUCACCGCUUCUCCACCGACCCACGCGAGCGCCACGGGUUCGAAUGGCUCUCGUCCUCAACAUGGCUCCUGUCCCUUCUAACAGUGUCACCUACACCUCUCCUUCUUCGCGAUCCGCCAAUACGAAUCCUCCAUAUCGGUGCGGGAACAUCACGUCUCUCGCUCGACAUUCUAGCGUACUGGCGGGAUCAUUUUCCUGACGAAUGGAAGGAUCGAGCAAGCAACAUUCUCAAUGUGGAUUUUUCACCGAACAGCAUCGAUUUCCAAAAACGUGCCGAGAUGCAGUGGCUGCAAGAGGUAGGAGAGACGAGGAGCGAGUGCAUGAUGAAAUACCUUGUACUGGAUCUGCUCGAUUGGCAGCAAGUGGACAAUUUGUUCAAGGAGGGUAGGCAAUUUGAUGUGGUGCUCGAUAAGAGUACGACCGACUCAAUAUCUACGGGAGACGACACGCUCUUCUCCUCGAUCUCGAAAGGUUUACACCAUCGCGCACUUUCGCAGCUGGCUGAACAACACAGCCAAGUCAAGCACGGUGUAGCAACGAUCCAAGUGCUGGGUAUCCAUCUGGCCUCUUUAGUGAAGCUAGGCGGUGUAUGGCUGUGCCAUAGCUACAGUUCGGAUCGCUGGGAGGACGUCGUUCAUUCACAAGGCGAACAUGCGACCAGCACUUGGCCGUGGACGCAGUUGGACAAGAUGGCAGUCCCUGUCCAAGCAUCUGAUCCAAACGCACCUCAGAUCAAUCAUUACAUCUAUACUAUGAGACGAACGUGA